CCCCACUGCCCGGAAAUGUCUGUAACCCCCUUUGUCUGCCCGUGUAGAUUCAGAGAGUCCCGAGGAGAUGGCAGCGGUGAAGGGAACGCCCGAGAGGGGCGAAGGAGAUGGCAGCAGUGACAGCAGCUCACCGGCUGGGGAGGGCCAGGAGUCGCAGCCGUCCCCGCUGGCUCUGCUGGCUGCCACCUGCAGCAGGAUUGAGUCUCCCAACGAGAAUUCCAACAGCUCCCAGGGCCAGCAAGGCGGCAGCGGUGAGUUGGACCUGACGGCCGCCGCUGCCCAGAUCGCGCAGUCGGCCAACGGCUGGCAGAUCAUUUCCACUGGCUCCACCACGCCGACGCCUUCCAAGGAGCAGGGCAGCAACGGCAGCAACGGAGAUCCCUCCAAAAGCCGUCCUGUGAGCACGGGGCCCUACGUGGUCACGGCUGCCUCCAACCUGCAGAACCAGCAGGUGCUCACGGGCUUGCCGGGCGUCAUCCCCAACAUCCAGUACCAAGUCAUUCCCCAGUUCCAGACCAUUGACGGGCAGCAGCUCCAGUUUGCCACCACCCCCACCCAAGUCAACGUGCAGCAGGAUGCCUCUGGGCAGCUCCAGAUCAUCCCCGGCACGAACCAGCAGAUCAUCACGAGCCGAGCGGGGACGGGCAACCUCAUCGCCAUGCCCAACCUGCUGCAGCAGGCCGUCCCCAUCCAGGGGGUGGGCUUGGCCAACAACACCCUCUCAGGGCAAACCCAGUACGUGGCCAACGUCCCCGUGGCUCUCAAUGGCAACAUCACCUUGCUGCCUGUCAACAGCGUGGCCGCCAGCCUGGCCCCCACCUCUCAGACCGUCACCCUGAGCGGCUCCGGCUCCCCGGACAGCAGCUCCCAGCCCACCACCUCAGGUGCUGCCAUCAGCUCGUCCAACAUUGCCACGUCCCACGCCACUUCCGGCUCCUUUUUUACCAACGCCAACAGCUAUUCCACCACCACUACCACCAGUAACAUGGGCAUCAUGAAUUUUUCCAGCAGUUCCACAGUGGGGACGAACGUCCAAGUGCAGACGCCCCAAAGGGCCCCCAGCACGGACUCCCUGCAGAGCCAGGUCUCUGGGGUGGCUCUGCAGCCGGGGCAGCAGAAAGAGGGGGAUCAGAGCCAGCAGUCGCAGCAGCAGCAGCAGCAGAUCCUGAUCCAGCCUCAGUUAGUCCAGGGGGGGCAAACGAUCCAAGCCCUGCAGACCGCCCCGCUCUCCGGCCAGACCUUCGCCACCCAAGCCAUCUCACAGGAUGCCUUGCAGAACCUCCAGCUCCAGGCUGUGCCCAACUCCGGGCCCAUCAUCAUCCGAACACCCACGGUGGGGCCCAACGGGCAGGUGAGCUGGCAGACCAUCCAGCUCCAGAACCUGCAGGUGCAGAACCCCCAGGCGCAGACAAUCACCUUGGCCCCCAUGCAGGGAGUGUCGCUGGGGCAGACGGGCAGCACCAGCACCACGCUCACCCCCAUCGCCUCCCUCCCCAGCGGCACGGUGACGGUCAACGCCGCCCAGCUCUCCUCUAUGCCAGGCCUCCAGACUAUUAACCUCAGUGCCUUGGGAGCGUCUGGGAUCCAAGUACACCAGCUGCCGGGGCUGCCGCUGGCCAUCGCCAACGCUACCGGCCAUCCCCAGGCUCCGACCCUCGCAUGGAUGAAGGCUCGUGGUCAAAUCAAGGCAUCGAUCGGAGCCCCACGGAUCCUCGGUGCAGCCAGCAGCCCUUUGGACCCCGGGUGCUGAGCGCAUCCCCAGCUGUGCGCCCUGACUUCUCGUCUGCCGUCGGCACAAAGCCCCGAUUGUCUCCAUUUUGUUUUUAAGGGCAGCUUUGUAGCGUGGCCUUGAUGAGACAUCCACAUGGCAUCAGCCGCAGAGGGGAGGGGAGCUUUGGAACGGAUCUCGGGCCAGCAGGCCCUGACAGGCUCUCCCCUUCACGCGCUGUAAUUGUUUGUUUCACUCCGCCCAUGACAUCACUGCAGAAAAUAAUGACUUUGUGAAACUUCCUGCUCUGAACUCCGCGGGGCCGGACCCGAAAUACUCCCAGCUCUUUGGCUGCCCUCUCCUUCAGCUCUGCGGGGUGAAAAGCGUGGUGUGACUGCAAGGCAGCACGCGGGGCCCUCCCAGCACCGCUGUCACAGCGUGGGGACUGCGGGCAGCUCUGCCCUUCCUCCUCCUCCUCCUCGAGGCCACCGGGAUGCUUUGCAGCGCUGCUGGUCGGACUGGUUGGGUGUGCAUAGCUGUGAUUGUGCUCCAGUUUUCCCCACCCAGCUCAGCGCUGCCCUCCCCUCCCCUUCAGCCUGCACAGCUCAGAGCUGUGUUUUGGCCCCUGCUGGGUCUGAGAUGUUACCAGUCCUCCUUGCAGAGGGCAGCAGCGAGGCCCAGCUUUGGGGUCUGUAGGUACAUCCUGUGUGUGGGGGGGGAUUUCUCUGCCCGUUGUCCCCUCCUGGCUGUGCUCAGGCCCUCGUUGCCCAUCGCUGCAGGGCUUUCACUCGGCCCGGUGUGGUUCGGUCGGAGCUGUUGGUGCCGCAGGGUCGGUGCUGCAGCAGCGGAGUUUUCCAGCAGUGCAGGCACGAUCUCAGCCUUGCAGCAAUCCCAAUGGAGAGCAGAGGGCAGAGGAGACGUGUGGGGAUGGUUUUCAGUGCGACCGAGUUUGCUGGCACAGCCUGGGGGUCACGGUGUGAGCGCAGGAGGCGACGUCCCUGCGCACGACUGCGGGUGGCAGAGGCGGAUGGGCGCAGACCUGCCAGCUCAGGGCCCAUUUAGUGCUUCUCCAAAGGAAGUGUGAUUAAUGGUGACGCACGGAGACUUCCAACCAUGGCAGGGGAUCGCAGGGCUCACCGUGUGGCUUUUCAAGUCGUUCAACUGCAGAAGAAGUGGCAGUUACUCAAUGUGCUGCAGCCUGACUUCGAAUCCGCACCAUCGCACGCGACUGAGCGGUGCGCAUACAGCCGCCCCUGCCUGUAACUCAGAGAACUCGGAGGGAUUGUUACAAAGAUAGAGCUUGGCUCGCUGACAUCAAUGGCUUCCACUCGUUUUGCAGAUGAGCGAGGAAAUGAAAGGAGAUAAAAAUGGAGGGGCUGCAUUACGACCCGCACUGCGCUCCUCGGUGAUCCCACGGGAUGUGAUCUGGGAGAGCAGCGGUCGGACGGAGCUCACAGGCUGCCAAAAAUAGAGAAGGAAUGAAGGCAAGGAGGAGGAAAUGGGACGAGGCGCAGCGUUGUUGGGUGCUGGGAAGGUUUGGUGCUGUGUUCCGUGCAGGGCUCACACUGUGCUGUCGGGUUUGGGGCUUUGCUGCACAGCGCCGAUUUCUUUCCCUUCUUCCUCUCCUGCUCAGCACAGCUGUGGCUGCCAGCGCUGCUGUUUGCACAAGAAGCCGUUUCUUUCCAGCUCCUUCCCGGGAAUGAACGUCGCUCCUGUCCCCUCUGGAGGUCACCCGGGGUGGCUCUGAGCAGCCCCGUCUCCCAUCCUCAGAGCAUUUCUCACCUCGGUUCACUUUGCUAAAUAAAACCACCGGCUCCGAGCUUUGAGCAGCUGGAAGACAAGCAGCACUUUGUCUGCAGCGCGGCCUCCAGCCCCGAGCCCAAAGCUUUGGGCUUUUAAUGGCAGGGCAGCAGGCAGGGCAGGGCCAGGAGGUCCCUGUGCCACCUCCCACCCCGUCCUCUCACAGCGCAUCCCCCCCCGCUUUCUGCUUUCCGUGU